AUGCGCCCAUUCUGCUGCGCACACGUGGCGCGCCCCGCUGUGCAGAGCGCCAGAAUUGUAGACCUCUUUAAUUUAAAGAAAAAGGACAAGGACUACGUCGACAAGCAGGACCUAAUAGUAAUACUGAAAUCGCUUGGGUUUAAAAUAUGCUACGAAAUAUUCGAAGACAGCAAAAACUGCUACAGCUUUGAGGAGCUGAGCGAUUACGUUCUCAAAUUUGAGAGCAACUACUACGCGAAGGAGAAGGUGGAAAAGUGCAUUAGCUUCUUGAACCCACAGAGCGAAACGAUAAGCAAAAGUUCGCUAAAGACUCUCCUGUGUGAAUAUGGGAACAAGUUCACCGAAAGCGAGUUCAAAAAAUUCUUAGUUGACGUUCCGGUAAUGCCCACUUUGUCCUACCAAUUUUACAAAAUUUACAAAAAAAUAUUAUUAAAGGAGAUGCUUAUCCAACUACGUCGAGUACUGAUCACCCUGCCCAACGAGGAGCAGCACCACCAAAGUGGGGAGCGAAUGAUGAUCAGGUAA